UGGCCGGUCAAGCCCGAGGCCAUUAUUAAAACAACUGAUAAAUAUUUAUGAAAAGAAAAAAAGAGUAAUUCAGGAACCUGCAUUAUUUGGUCCUCCUGAUGUGUAAUUAUUUAAUAUUUAAAUAAUGGUCCUCCCUCUCACCUAAGGAGAUAUUGAGAACCAUCUGAUUCUUUUAAGGCAUCACAUCCUUCAACAAGUAAACAAUAAAAGAAAUUAAAUUACCAUAAGACAGAACCACAAAAUCCUUUUGAGAUCUGACAUUGCUAAAGUAUCAAACUAUGGAUCCUUAUCAGAAUCUUAAUCCGAAAGGGUACCAGAGACAGAGACCGUUUAGCUUAUCCGGCGAGGGCGGCAGCAGCGGCGGCUCAGGUAUGCCACAUGAAACAGAUGACAAUAAGAAGAAGAAGAAGCUUCUCCACCGCGACAUCGAACGCCAAAGAAGACAAGAAAUGGCUACACUCUUUGCUACUCUUCGUACUCAGCUACCUCUCAAAUACAUCAAGGGAAAAAGAGCUGUUUCGGAUCAUGUAAACGGAGCGGUAAAUUUCAUAAAGGACACGGAAACACGGAUUAAAGAACUUAGUGCAAGAAGAGACGAUCUAAGUAGAGAAACAGGUCAGAGAUAUAAAUCCAAUCCGGAUUCAGCAAACAGUACUGGAUCCGAUUUAGGCAGAUCGGAGCCGGCGACUGUGAUGGUGCAACCACACGUGAGCGGUUUAGAAGUGGUAGUGAGCAGCAAAUCCUCAGGUCCCGAAGCUUUGCCUCUCUCAAGAGUGCUCGAGACACUUCAGGAGAAAGGGCUUGAAGUCAUGAGCUCUCUCACCACAAGAGUCAAUGAGCGGCUUAUGCACACUAUUCAAGUCGAGGUUAAUAGUUUCGGAUGCAUAGACUUAGCUUGGUUGCAGCAAAAGCUAGUUGAGGAUUUGAUACUUUCGACGGAGUACUAAUCAGACGCAACAUUCGUAGUCCUAAGGACCUUCUUCAUC